AUGCCUCUGCGGAUAGUGGUGCCAGGUCCCGGGCCAUGGGGAUUCAGGCUGGUUGGAGGAAAAGACUUCGAGCAGCCGCUGACUAUUUCUCGGGUGUCACCUGGAAGCAAAGCAGCCCAGGCCAACCUCUGUAUUGGUGAUGUGAUUUUAGCUAUUGAUGGUGAAGCUGCAGACAACAUGACUCACUUGGAAGCACAGAACAAAAUUAAGGGGUGCAUACAGGAGAUGGCACUUUCUAUUGACAGGUCAGAAAAUAAGUUGUGGUCGCCACUCUCUUCAGAAGAAGGAAAGUCACAUCCCUACAAGAUGAAUCUUGCAUCAGAGCCACGGGUGCGUGAAAUGAAACAAAUAGGCUCCGCCCACAACAGGAGUGCGCUGCCAUUCUCAGGUUUCGGUUCCAAGGUUGUGACCAACCAGUACAACAACCCGGCUGGCCUCUACUCCUCAGAGAACAUCAAGAAUUUCAACUCUGCUGUGGACGAAGUCAAAACGUUGACAACCACGAACGAGCCUGAUAACGAUGCUGCAGAUCCAUCCAAGUCCACUAAGCGACCACCUAUAGCUGCAGAUUCAGAAGUCUACAAAAUGUUGCAAGAGAAUCAGGAGUCUGAUGAGCCCCCACGACAGUCUGCUUCCUUCAAGGUGCUUCAGGAGAUUCUCGAAACGGGCAAUUCUGACAGACCAUCAGGGUUCAGGAGUGUGAAAGCACCCACAACAAAGAUUGGCUCCUCUGUUGGAAAUGCUGAGAAGCUGCCUGUCUGUGACAAGUGUGGAUCAGGGGUUGUGGGGAUGUUGGUAAAGCUGCGUGACAAGUUCCGACACCCUGAGUGCUACACCUGCACAGACUGCGACGUCAACUUGAAACAGAAAGGACAUUUCUUUGUGGAGGACCAGAUUUACUGCGAGAAGCACGCACGCGAACGAAUGACCCCGCCUGAGGGCUAUGAUGUGGUCACGGUCUUUCCCAAGUAA